GAAGAAAACUUUCUCUUUUAUCUCUCUCGUUUCUCUCUCUAGGUUUCAACUUUCAACCUCAAUUAUCCAACUUUCUCUUGUUUUCACAAAUUUGGUUAUACUUGGGUACUGCCCAGGAAAGUGCAUCAUCUGGUGUGCCCCAGAGGAAGAGGAGGAAGAAAGCAAGAAAAGUGAGGAAAGAGAUUGAGAGGUGGAGAGAUUGUAUAGAAAUAGAAAGAAAUUAAUAAAAAAGGGAAGUUUUAGAUCAAGAAAGAUAGAUUGGGAAUUUUAAUUUAGAGUUAGUUUAUUGGGAUAUGGGGAGGGGAAGAGUGGAGUUGAAGAGGAUAGAGAACAAGAUAAACAGGCAGGUCACUUUUGCAAAGAGAAGAAAUGGCCUUCUCAAGAAAGCCUAUGAGCUCUCUGUGCUCUGUGAUGCUGAGGUUGCCCUCAUCAUCUUCUCCAACCGUGGCAAGCUUUAUGAGUUCUGCAGCAGCUCUAGCAGCAUGCUCAAAACCCUGGAAAGGUACCAAAAGUGCAGUUAUGGUGCAGUGGAAGUCAGCAAGCCUGCCAAAGAGCUCGAGAAUAGCUACCGUGAGUACUUGAAGCUGAAAGCCAGAUUUGAAUCUCUCCAAAGGACUCAGAGAAACCUUCUAGGGGAGGACUUGGGCCCACUGAAUACCAAAGAACUUGAGCAGCUCGAGCGACAACUGGACUCAUCUCUCAAGCAAGUUAGGUCCACAAAGACACAAUUCAUGCUGGACCAACUAUCUGAUCUUCAAAAUAAGGAGCAAGUUUUAGCAGAAGCAAACAGAGCUCUGACUAUGAAGCUGCAAGAGAUUAAUGCAAGAAACCACUUCAGACAGUCAUGGGAAGCUGGUGAUCAAAGCAUGCCAUAUGAGACUCACAAUCCUAACUCUCAGGGUUUCUUUCAGCCUCUGGAAUGCAAUCCCACGUUGCAGAUGGGUCCUGAAUACAGGUACAAUCCAGUAGCUUCAGAUCAGAUUGCUACAAGUAGUCAAGGCCAGCAAGUGAACGGCUUCAUUCCAGGGUGGAUGCUCUGAGCUUAUGAUCUGUGGGUAGAUGGUCAUAUAUAAAAGCAAACACCUAACGAAGGAAAUGGCAAGAGUUUCUAGUUGGCAAUGCAAUGUGUAAAUGCUUCAUCCUGAGAAUUUUCUCUAUAAGCUUGUUUUAAUUCCACAUAAAACUAAACCAGCAGUGACUUAUUUAUCAUGAAUAGGCUAUGGAACCUUUAGCCAUCAAGACUGUUUGCGUAUGUAGUGCCUUGGAAUCUUGAUCUUUCAAGCACAACUUUCGUCUGAAAGAAAGACUGAUUAAUAUGUUUA